UGCUUCAGAGCAAAACAGAGCCGAAACCCCAACCUUGCUCUCAUUCCGCAACAAUGGCAGUUGAACAGAACCAGAAGGAGAAAGAGGGGUCCUUCCUUCUUGGCGCCCCGAAGUUCACAGAGCUCGACGGAGGGCGGCUUCGCUGCUUGGAGACGGGCCACGAGUUACCCGCCCGAGAGAAAGAGUCCUACUCUCGGAGCAAGGCAUGCCGUCUCGCCCUCAUCGACUCCGCCGUCGCGAAGAAGAAGCCACCUCUCAAUAUGUUCCGCCCUGAUCCUGUUUCCAAGUCGAAACUGAUGUGUGAGUUGACGGGGGAUUCGAUUAACAAGACGGAGGAAUAUAUCUGGAAGCACAUUAAUGGGAGGAGAUUCCUGAACAAAUUAGAACAAAAGGAAGCGGACAAGUUGGCAUCACCAAAAGAAGUCAAAAAGGACAUGAAGCAAUCAAAGAAAUUAAAAAAGUCCAGCAAGAUCACGGUUAAGAAGAAAGGGAAGGAUUCAAAUGGAAAUGGAUCUCUGGACAGUAAACCUAAAGCAGACAAUAGUGACUCUGAAGAGCCUGAUUUUUGGGUACCACCUGUUGGAAGUCGUUGGGACUUUGAUGAUGGAAAAGAUCGCUGGGAAUCCUGUGAAAACUCUAAUGAAGAAACUGAUGAUGACAUUGGUCAAGGACCAAGCGGAUGUCAAUAGCAGUGG